CUCAAGAGUGAGGUGCUAUCUGCAUUAACACAGCUCUCUUCGCAUUGUGACCAUCAUCAUCAUCAUCAGCAGCAGCAGCAGUCAUGUUCUCUCGCUCAGUCCUGUUGGUUCUGCUGGUUCUCGCCUGCCUUCAGUCCUUCACAAUGGCUCAGAAUAAUGGGCCGAAGAAAUGCUGUUUCAGUUACCAGACACGUCCGAUUCCUAUAAAAUACAUUGCAGGAUAUGAAGAAACAGAGUUUCAGUGCUCAAAACCUGGAGUCAUCUUUACCCUGAAUGACAGCCGUCAGGUGUGUGCAGAUCCCCGUGUGGACUGGGUGAAGAGCAACAUGAACAUCAUUGAUCAGCGACCCAGAGCCUAAAUCCUCUCUCCCUUAAUACCAAUUUUUUGUUUGUUUCUUUACAAUAAGCUCUUUUUAUUUAUUGGUCAGUAAGAAUGACAGUAUUUUUUAUAUUUAAUCUCAUAUUUAAACCUUUGCUUAAAUUAUUCUAACAUAUUUAUUAUUUAUAUUUAUUAUUUUAAAUUCAUGAUUUUUUUUCAAGAAUAUAGACAUAUUAAAUGUAUUUUAUAUUUUCACGUUAAAGAGUAUUUAAAUUGAAUAUUAUUUAUUUAUUUUAGAAUGACAUUUUAUUGUCACAUUUUAAUGAAGACCAUGUUCAUGACACUUUGUCUUUAACUUUAGGUAGAUUUAAAAAAAAUAAAUGAAUACUUUUCAGUAGUCAUUGUAUUUCAGUCGGAUUUCAAUCAAUCUGUAAGAUUAAAGAUGAAUGUGUUAUGAAUGAAGCCAUGGGGGUCACAGUACAGUGACUUCUGUGCCGGUGGCAAGCCCAGAUAAAUAGAGAGGGUUGCAUCAGGAAGGGCAUCUGGUGAAUUGUUAGUAUUCUGAAUUUUAUAUCGAAUAAAUCGAGGCCCAGGUUAACAACGACCGCCAUCAGUGCUAUUGACCUACAGGGCGCAGGUGGAAAUUGGGCUACUAAAAGUAGUGGAGGGAGAAGAGUGCAUAGACAAAGAGAGGAAAGGUAAGAGUGUAGGACUGAGAAUAGGAACUCUGAAUGUUGGUACUAUGACAGGGAAAGGUAGAGAGCUGGCUGAUAUGAUGGAGAGAAGGAAGGUGGAUAUACUGUGUGUACAGGAGACCAGGGGGAAGGGGAGCAAGGCUCGUAGUAUAGGAGCAGGAUUCAAGCUGUUUUAUUAUGGUGUAGAUAGUAAGAGAAAUGGGGUAGGUGUGGUCCUGAAGGAGGAGUUUGUGAGGAAUGUUCUGGAGGUGAUGAGAGUGUCAGACAGGGUGAUGAGUCUGGAGUUAGAGAUUGAAGGGGUGAUGCUGAAUGUUGUUAGUGGUUAUGCCCCACAAGUAGGUUGUGAGUUAGAGGAGAAAGAGAGAUUCUGUUGUAAAUUAGACUAUUCCCACAGUCAGAGGAGGUCAGACAGGAGUCUUUUUGGACAAUGAUGUUUGCAGAUGACAUUGUGAUCUGUAGUGACAGCAGGGAAGUGGAAUGAAAGUCAGUGGUAGUAAGACUGAGUACAUGUGUGUGAAUGAAAGGGAAGGAAGUGCAACAGUAAGAUUACAGGGUGAAGAGGUGAAGAAGGUACAGGAGUUUAAGUACUUGGGGUCAGCAGUACAGGGUAAUGGAGAGUGUGAGAAAGGGGUAAAGAAGCAAGUGCGGGCAGGUCAGGUUUGUUGGAGAAAGAUGUCGAGAGUUCUGUGUGAUAGAAAAAUAUCAGCGAGAAUCAAGGGGAAGGUGUACAAGACAGUGGUGAGACCAGCCAUGCUGUAUGGUUUAGAAACAGUGUCACUGAGGAAGAGAAUGGAGGUAGCAGAGCUGAAGGUGUUGAGGUUCUCUUUGGGAGUGACACGGUUGAACAGGAUUUCCUAAUCGAGUACAUCAGAGGGACAGCUCAUGUUGGACGUUUGGGGGACAAAGUUAGGGAAGCCAGAUUAAGAUGGUUUGGACAUGUUCAGAGGAGGGAGAGUGACUAUACUGGUAGGAGAAUGUUGGACAUGGAGCUGCCAGGCAGGAGGAAAAGAGAAAGGCCAAAGAGGAGGUAUAUGGAUGGAAUAAAUGAGGAGAUGAAGCUAGUGGGUGCAAGUGUUGAGGAUGCAGAAGAUAGGGAUAGGUGGAGAGAAAUGAUUCACUGUGGUGACCCCUGAAGGGCAAAACCGAAAGAAGAUGAAGAAGAAUGAAUGUAUUAUAAAACAUGUUAUUGGUUAAUGCAUAAAUUUUUGCAAAACAUAAUUUCUAGUUUAAAAUAGUAAGAAGAAAUUGCCUUAUACACUAUACAAACAAAACAGCCAAAACAGUCCAUGUUAAAUUUUUGAUUACUGAUUCAUUCCCCAUGUGUUUUCUAUUAUAACAGCUUCUCUUCUCUUCUCUUCUCUUCUCUUCUCUUCUCUUCUCUUCUCUUCGGUCUUUCCACUAGAUCAGUGUUUCCCAAACUUUUUUAACUCACGGCCCACACAACCAAACACGUUUCCGCGGCCCAUUGCAAAAUAUUUA